AUGGGGCCGCGCGCGCUGCCGCCGCCGCUCCCGCUGCUGCUGCUGCUGCUGUCGGCGCUGCUGUACGGAGCCCAGGGGGCCGCGCCCUUGUCGCAGCGCGCCGCGCAGGCCACGCCGCCGCCGUCGCCCGCCGUGACGAACGCCAGCCAGCCGGGCUCGCCGCACAACGGCACGCACCCGCUGAGCUCGCCGGGCUCGCCGCUGCUGCGCUCCUUCUACGUGCUCACGGGCCUCAGCGGCCUGGCCGCGCUCUACUUCCUCAUCCGGGCCUUCAGGUUGAAGAAGCCACAGCGGCGGAGGUAUGGCCUCUUGGCCAAUGCUGAGGAUUCCACAGAGAUGGCCUCGCUGGACAGUGAUGAGGAGACCGUCUUUGAAACGAGGAACCUGAGAUGAUGCCGCAGCAAGGGAGGCAGCGUUCCAGCAGCCCUGGAGGAAGGACCAGGGGCAGGGCUGGCUCCCGUGCCCAGCAGUGCCCGGCCAGCUCUGUGCUGGCUUUGGUGUGGGUGUGAUUUGGCGGCAGCCCCGGGAGCACCUUUCAGAGCCUGCCCAACACACCUGAAGCAGCCUCAGCCAGCCCCACCUGAGAGCCUGAGGACCCCUGGGUGGAAGUCACAGGGCUCUGGCAGCCCCCCUGCCCAGACUCUGCAGUCGCCUCCGCUGACCGUGACUGUGGCCGCUCCCCUUCCCCACUGGGGUGCAGUAGCCUUGAACUGAGGGCGGUUGGGCAGGUGGGCCUGUGAGGAACACCGGCCAGCUGAGCUGAGGACAAUAAAAGUGGUAGCGACCAUG